AUGUCUGAUUGGGAUACUGUUACUGUUAUUGGCUCCAAGGCCCGUGUUGGAGGCUCUGCUCCACGUGAUAAGGUUGUCAGAACUGCCGCUCAACUGAACUCUGCCCGCAGACAGGGCAACGUCGUUGCAGUUGAAAAGAAGUGGGGAACCACCAAUGCCAAGGGAGGCGCUGAGGGCCAGAGGUUAGCAAAGCUGGAUAGAAGUGAUGAGAUUGAAGCUCCAAAGAAAGUCGACCAAAGCGUGGGUAAAACCAUCUCGAAGGUGAGGUUGGAGAAACAGAUGACUCAGAAAGAUCUCGCCGUCAAGAUCAACGAGAAGCCCAAUAUUGUCAACGAUUAUGAGGCCGGAAGAGCUAUUCCAAACCAACAGAUCUUGGCUAAGAUGGAGAGGGCUCUGGGAGUCAAGCUAAGAGGAAAGGCUAUUGGUGAGCCAUUGUUCGCCAAGAAGAAGUAA